AUGGAGGCCGGGCUGUUCCUAGCAGCGCUGCUGCUCUCUUGCACACCGAUACGCACAAGUCCCACGACUGCUGAUGUUUGCACCCUUCAGCAGAUCGCGAAGGACAAGGUGUCUUACACGACAGGCAAGGCUGUGAACGGCUGCGUGAGCCGCAGCACCGUGGGGAAACCUCAGGAAGUCCACGUUCUCCAAGUGAAAAUAGAGAAGCAGUUGUGGCAGUUCCAGUUGAAUGUGUCCUCAGCGGGGAGGACCACCCCACCUGAGCGAAAGGUGCUGUUUGUGAUCAUCUGUGACAAGCACUGUCUUGUGACGGUUCAUUCGGUGGAUCUCCACCCGACCUUUGUCUCGAAUAACAUGGUCAUUGGAGUCAUGGGCAACAAGUCCAGCGCCUUCGAGGAUACCAGUGGUGAGCAGCUUGUACAACGGGUGAAAGAACACUAUGGGGGCAUCACUUCCUUCACCGAGCUGAAAACCCCCCACCACAUCCACUUCCGAGUGGGCGAAGAUGCCAGCAGUCCAGAGGACUGCAUCGUGCAGCCUGGGUUCAAUGCCCGGCGGUACCUACAGACCGAGUUCUUAGUCCAAGAGGUUAAAGGCUGCACCAGUCCCGGUGCGAAGAAGGGGAAGGAGGCUCACAUCUUGCGCAUGCAGCAGGGCCCAGCGGAGACCAGCUCUCAGCCCGUGGAGGUGAAGGUGAACGUGGUCUGCCCUGAAGCAAAGCCGCUGCAGGAUCUGGCAAUACUGCUGAUCCUCCAAAGCCAACCCAACGUGACCUGGAACAUCGAUACGCAACGCACCGUGAGCAUCAUGGCGUCUGGGAAACACCGGAUCAGCAGAUUCCCCUCCGAGCAAUUGGAUGAGAGAGUUCUCCCUGACAAUGAGCAGGGCCUGAUCGGCUUGGCCCACGAUACAGGAUUUGAUGACAUAGCUUCAUAUACGGACAUCCCAUCGGCUACCCAUGUGACCCUUGAGCUGCACAGAUGUGAACCAGAAGUGAAGACUCCACCACCAACACCUGCACAACGCCCCGAUGCCGUCAACAUUGUUCAAACAUUUUUCAGUCUGUCCCCACCGUGGAAGUGCACAGACGACUCCAUUGAGAUAGUCAUGCUGAAGAUGAAGUUACAGGAGUUAAAUGACUACAUCACGGAUAUCACAUUGCAAGACCCCCGUUGCAGAGCUGAACAAAACCAAACUCACUUUGUGCUGAGAAGGUAUUUGGGGGACUGCCACACCAAACUGGAGAGUGAAAUUCUAGCCAGGAAUAAGCUGAUCCUGACACUGGCUUCAUCGCUGGAGAAAGUUGAGGUGCCGUUCGAGUGCAGCCUGCCACCGGAGCUCCGUUUGCAGCUUUACCGGACCCAGGACUUCAAGUGGCCUUCUACCACCGUGCUGGAAGUCAACAAAGCUGCUUAUGUCCAGGUCUCGUUUCGGGCCGGGAGUGCCCGGACCUUCCUGGACGUGAAGGAGUGUUCUCUGCAGACUGCUGCCGAGGAGCCUCAGCAGCUCCUGAUCCCGCCUGUCGCGCCACUCGGCCAAGCAGUGACCGUCCUCAAGCCGACAGAAGCCACGCUGGGCCGGGAGCUCCAUCGGUUCAGCUUCGUCUACAGCCUGGCUGGGGGAGGGCCCUUUCCUCCUUGCGCCACCCUGUCGUGCAGAGUGGCCUGGCAUUUCAACGGCAGCACCAGCGUGGCAACAUUAGAGGUGACGCUGCAGGACACCAGACCUCCACCUUCCAGCCUAGGGAUAGAAGCAGUUGUGGGGAUCACCUUCGCAGCGUUCUUAAUCGGCACGCUCCUCACCGCGGCGCUCUGGUGCAUUUACUCCCAUACCCGCCCCAUGGCCAAGCUGCAGCCUGUCGCCACCAACGCCCCAGCCUCCGAGAGCAGCAGCCCCAAUCACAGCAUCGGCAGCACCCAGAGCACCCCCUGCUCCACCAGCAGCAUGGCCUAG